AUGACAAAACAAUGGGCUCUUUUCUCGCUCUCAAUUUUACUUGUAUUUCUCUUACAUUGCAACACAACUUUAGGCCAGCCCGCUGCAGCUCCAGCCCAGCCAGCAAAUGCACCAGUCCAGCUAGCCCCUCCGCCAGUAGUUCAGCUUGCCAAGGCCCCAGCCCCAGUCCAAUCUGCCAAGGUCCCACCAACACAAAAAGGUGUCCCUGAUGUCACCAAAAUCCUUGGAAAGGCCGGUGGGUUCUCAGUCUUUAUCCGCCUCUUAAAGAGUACCGGAGUUUCUGACCAAUUAUACGGCCAGCUCAACAAUUCAAAUAAUGGGUUUACCAUCUUUGCUCCUACUGAUGCUGCAUUUUCGAGCCUCAAAGCAGGCACUAUAAACUCUUUGUCCGACCUACAAAAGACCCAACUUGUACAAUUUCACAUAUUAAACACAGUCGUUACUCUGUCAAAUUUCCAAACUCUGAGCAAUCCAGUGCCCACAGAGGCUGGAGAUACCAGUGCCGGUGAGUUCCCACUAACCGUGAUCACUGCUGGCAACCAAGUGAACAUCUCUACUGGUCUUGUUAAUACCACGUUGGGUGGAACUGUGUAUUCAGAUAACUAGCUUUAUAUAUAUCAAGUGGAGAAAGUGCUUCUUCCUCCUGACAUUUUUAAUCCUAAGCCUAAGCAUAAGGCACUAGCCUCGGCACCAACAUUGUCAACGCCUAAGACUAAGGACAAUGGUGAUGAGGAUUCUCAGUCUGUUCCUACCGAAGUGGAUGAGUCUAGUGCAGUAAGUCUCGGCGGGCUUGGAAUAUUGGUGUCCAUUGAAGUUAUUUUGGUCGCAUUCAUUCUCACGAAGGGACUUCAUGGUGUAUAUGUACCUGCUUAA